AUGGAAGUGCAGAGGACCACGAUCAUCUUCUUAGCCCUUUGGUUUCUUAGUUAUCUGAAUCCGCUCGAUGUUGCUGGAGUUCAAAUUAUUUCUAAAUCAAGGCUCGAGAAGUGCGAGAAAAAUUCCAACUCCAACGAUCUCAAUUGCACUAUGAAAAUCGUUGUCAACAUGGCUGUUCCAAGUGGUUCGAGUGGAGGAGAAGCCUCAAUUGUUGCGGAAAUUGUGGAGGUGGAGGAAAAUUCAACCAACAAGGUGCAGACAUUGCGAGUACCACCAGUCAUAACAGUCAACAAGUCUGCUGCUUAUGCUUUGUACGAAUUAACUUAUAUAAGGGAUGUUUCAUAUAAACCUGAAGAGUAUUAUGUCAAGACGCGGAAGUGUGAGCCAGAUGCUGGUGAAGAAGUUGUAAAGAUAUGCGCGAGGCUGCGAGAUGAAGAGGGCCAUGUUAUUGAGAAAACCCAGCCAAUUUGUUGCCCCUGUGGACCUCAGCGUCGGAUGCCCUCAUCAUGUGGAAACUUUUUUGACAAACUGACAAAAGGAAAGGCCAACACUGCACAUUGUGUUCGUUUUCCUGGCGAAUGGUUUCAUGUUUUUGGUAUUGGGCGACGGACAUUAGGAUUUAGUGUUCGGAUACAGUUGAAGACUGGAACGGAAGUUUCGGAAGUGGUUGUGGGUCCUGAAAAUAGAACAGUGACAUCUGAUGGUAACUUUUUGAGGGUUAAUCUUAUUGGAGAUUUUGUUGGAUAUACAAAUAUACCAUCUUUUGAGGAUUUCUAUCUUGUUGUUCCAAGGCAGGGUGGUCCUGGUCAACCACAGGAUUUGGGGAGGAACUUUUCUGCAUGGAUGCUGCUGGAGAGAGUGAGAUUUACCUUGGAUGGUCUUGAAUGUAAUAAAAUUGGUGUCAGCUAUGAAGCUUUCAAUGGACAGCCAAACUUUUGCUCUUCGCCUUUUUGGAGUUGUUUGCACAAUCAAUUGUGGAACUUUCGGGAGGCUGACCUAAACAGAAUCAGUAGGAAUCAGGUUCCACUCUAUGGCGUGGAAGGAAGGUUUGAAAGGAUAAACCAGCAUCCAAAUGCAGGGACCCAUUCUUUCUCCAUAGGAAUCACAGAAGUUCUUAAUACAAACCUCGUGAUAGAAUUAAGUGCCAAUGACGUAGAAUAUGUCUACCAAAGGAGCCCUGGAAAAAUUAUAAGUGUCAGCGUCCCUACAUUUGAAGCUUUAACUCAAUCUGGAGUUGCAACCAUCACUACUAAGAAUACCGGUGAGGUGGAAGCAUCAUAUAGUUUGACGUUUAAUUGCUCAAAGGAUGUCACCUUGAUGGAGGAGCAAUUCUUAAUAAUGAAGCCGAAUGAGAUUACCACCCGAUCAUUUAAAAUCUUCCCAACCACAAAUCAAGCUGCAAAAUACACCUGUGCAGCUAUACUAAAGGACUCUGAUUACAAUGAAGUUGAUAGAGCUGAGUGCCAGUUUACUACUACAGCAACUGUUCUCGACAAUGGAUCUCAGGUUUCGCAGGGUCCCCCUUUUCGACCACCAGAUACUAGUAAAAAUGGUUUCUUUGAUUCUAUUGAAAUCAUAUGGAACAAAAUAUGGGCAAGUAUUAAAGACUUUAUCACUGGAAAAAAUUGCAGACAAAAAUGCUCAGGGUUUUUUGACCUGCGGUGCCACAUCCAGUACAUAUGCUUGGGUUGGAUAGUGCUGUUUGGUCUGCUUUUGGCAAUCGUUCCCGCUGUGCUCGUGUUAUUGUGGCUUUUGCAUGAGAAAGGAUUAUUCGAUCCUCUUUAUGAAUGGUGGGAAGAUACCUGUGGUGAUGGUGAUCGGAGGAUCUUGGAUAAACACAAGUUAAAAACUGGCAGGGGACACCAGCAUAUUCAUGAUCACCCACAUCAUAGGCAGGAACUCAAGCACCCUAGGCAUAGUUCCCAUCACAGGCGGAAAAGCGGCUAUAAUGACCACAAGCAUAGGCAUUCUCAAAGAGAAUCUGAUCAUCACUAUUAUCUGCACAACGUCCAGAAAGAUAUACACAAGCAUGGGCACAAGAAGGAUAUAGAUACUAUGCAUCAUCUUGAUGACAAAGUUUGGAAUCACAAGCGCAGAAAGGAACGACACGCUUCAAAGGGACUGGAGAAAGUGAUGAAACAUAACAAAGAGGCAAGAAAACUAUGAAAAACACAAAGAAGCUGUAGAUUGAGCUGGAGGUUAAGCAGAGAGAAGAGUGGCCCUAACAUAUAUAUAGUUACCACCAUCUUUUAGUCUUUGGAUUCUCCUAUCUUUUCCUUACUUGGACCCUCCUCUCCCUCGUGUCAGGAAGGUAUGUUAUUGGAAGAUGAAUGUUAUUCAAUGAUGUGAAGUGAGAGAUAAUCAAAUAGAAAGGAUAAGAUUUAUAGUUUGAUACA